UUCCUCAGCGAGUGUGGAAAUAGAAUGAACCCAGCAAAGGCUUUGCUCAGCCUGAUAGGAUGUUUAUUUUCUUACUAUGCUAGACUGAAGUAGUCAACAACUGAAGGACAAAGCAUCAGGAUGGAUCUUCCAUGACCUAGAGGAGAAAUUGCAUGGGUUCUCUAGAGACAGCAGAGGAAAUGUGAUCAAAAUUCAGGAUGGCCAGUGCGUGUCAGUUCUCCAGAUUCUAGUUGAAAAGCCUGUAUGACCAACAUGAGUUGGAGCUUUCUCACUCGUCUUCUGGAAGAGAUCCACAACCACUCCACCUUUGUGGGGAAAGUGUGGCUGACGGUGCUCAUUAUCUUCCGCAUCGUGCUCACGGCAGUGGGGGGAGAGUCCAUCUACUCUGACGAGCAGACCAAGUUCACCUGCAACACCAAGCAGCCGGGCUGUGAUAACGUGUGCUACGAUGCCUUCGCCCCGCUGUCACACGUCCGCUUCUGGGUCUUCCAGAUCAUCAUGAUCUCCACCCCUUCUGUCAUGUACCUGGGUUACGCCAUCCACAAGAUUGCUCGUAAAUCUGAGGAGGAGAGGCGGAAGUACCACAGGCUCCGUAAAAAGCCACCUCACAACAGGUGGAGGGAAAGCCACCCUCUGGAAGAAGUCCUGGAGGAGGAUGAGGAGGACGAUGCUGAGCCCAUGAUCUACGAUGACACGCUGGAGGGGCAGGAGCCCAAGCCCGAGGCGCCCGCCGUCCCUAGCCGGGAGCCGCAGAAACAUGAUGGCCGCCGACGUAUCAUGCAGGAAGGAUUGAUGAGGAUCUACAUUCUUCAGCUCCUAUCAAGAGCCAUCUUUGAAAUCUGCUUCUUGGCUGGCCAGUAUCUUCUCUAUGGUUUCCGUGUUAACCCAUCCUAUGUUUGCAAUAAGGUCCCCUGUCCACACAGGGUGGACUGUUUCAUCUCCCGACCCACAGAGAAGACCAUCUUCCUUCUUAUAAUGUACGUGGUCAGCUGUCUCUGCUUGCUCCUCAACGUGUGUGAGAUGUUCCACUUGGGCAUUGGCACUUUUAGGGACACUCUUCGCCAGAGGAGAAACCAGGGCCAGCGGCCCUCGUACAGCUAUCCGUACUCUCGUAACAUUCCUGGCUCUCCACCUGGGUACAACCUUGUGAUGAAGUCAGACAAACCCAACCGAAUACCCAACAGCCUCAUCACUCAUGAGCAAAACAUGGCCAAUGUGGCCCAGGAGCAGCAGUGCACCAGCCCAGAUGACAACAUCCCCUCAGACCUAGCCAGCCUGCACCGCCACCUACGGGUGGCCCAGGAGCAACUGGACAUGGCCUUUCAGACAUAUAAUUCCAAAAGCAACCAGCCAACAUCCAGAACCAGCAGUCCUGUCUCUGGGGGCACUAUGGUGGAGCAAAACCGAGUCAAUACGGUACAGGAGAAACAGGGAGCCAGACCGAAGUCAGCUCCAGAGAAAGCUGGGACCAUAGUAAAAAAUGGGAAGUCUUCUGUAUGGAUUUAGAAAUGAAUGUGGCAGUAUGAACUGAAGAGCCUGUUUUAAUUUCCAGGAUCAUGUAGCAUGGAUAAUAGACUAUGAGGUUGAGUUAAACAUCAACAUUAUAAAUCACACAUUUGUCACCAACAUGAACCAGAAAGACAUGUCUGAUCGGGACAUACAAACUAAGCAUUAUCGAUACAGUAUACUGUAUGUACUCUACGGUGUGACAAACCUAAAUAUAGACGGCAAGAAAAAAAAACACGUUAUGAUUCUUCUACUUAGUUUGUAUUUUGUGCUAUAGUUUCAGCAUAGUUCAUAUAAAAAUAUUGUACAUAUUUUGCUUUGUCAGACUUCAGAAUUUUAUCUACUCAUAUAAGGAGGGAACAUCUGAAGAAUCUCUGAUAAAUUUGGGAAUAUGUGGGGCUAUUCUCUCUGAUAAUUACAAAGAUAACACUCUUGUUGUUGAACUGAUUAAUUUGAAACAUUUUAACUUCAAAACCUUUAAAGAUAAUCUUUUCAAUUGCGGCCUAGUUAAAAAACAAUGCCAUGGAAAACACUACCUUAUGGCUCUGUGAAACCUGAUUGUUUGACAAAUCUAAUGUGAGAUCUCAAAUGGAAAUCAUGGUAAAAGUUAAAUUAUGAAACAUUUAUAUUUCACAUACGUUACACUUUAUUCAGAUAUUGUGACAUGAGAUGCAUGUAUAGUUUAAUUUAUUUGAAGAAAUAGUCUAAUGUCUGAUGCACUGAAGAAGCUUUCAGUAUGUUUGUGUUUUGGUAAGAGAAAUGAAAAUAUAUUCUAUUAUAUAGAAUUAAAAUAUAGAUGCCAAAAAGGCAGAGAGGUCAAAGUCAAUUUUUUUCUACCUGAAUGGGUCCAAGAUGUGGCUGAAUAAUGUGUUGGCCUAUAAGCAGGGGUUAGAGUUGUACUGUUCUCAAAAUGCAGAGAUUAUGUGAAAAUGAAGACAUUACACUCUUUUUCAAAAGCUUUUUUUCUUGAAAACUUGAAUUACUAACAGAUUGCUGAUCAUUUCUGCAAUAGUGGGCAGAUUUAAUGCAUGCUUUUAUGUUACAAUUGUGUACGCGUAAUAUAGAAUACCAAUAAAUGCACCAUUAAUAUCCAACAACAGAUCCAACAUGAUUUAUUUCAUGUUUGGGAUAUCACUGUCUCGUUAAAAAUGUGUUUGUUUAUGAAUAUCAUGUCUCAAGGACAUUAUUAUAAAGUAGGCUAAAAUAUACUUCUGCCUUCAGUAUUGAUGCUCCAAAGUGCCUCAAAACGUUACGAUUGUUUCUGUGUUUUUUUGUCUUGAAAUAAACCUAGAUUGAAACUGUGUGCAACUUAAUGACUUUAAACACACA